AUGUUCCUCUCGCAGGGACCGCUUGACGAGAUCCUCUUCCCCGGACAACUUCCGUGGGGGAAGACUGGAAGGGGGGCGAGAGGAUCAAACUUUGCAACUGCAGCUAGACCCAAGUAUACAGUGUGCGCCCACCGUUGA